AGCACCGGCAACAGCGUACGUCUUUAAAAGCAGCGGCACGCGUUCGACUAUAUUUCGGCACAGUGCAUGCUUAGUGCUCGCGCCGAAACUCUCUAUUUCGAACUCCCGGCUUUUGGACUUCGCAACUUUACGCGCAACUUCUUUACGUUAGCUUUCGACCGACGGAAGUUCCCGUUUAGCUUCUCGCGAAGGCGUUAGUUAAAUUACAACCGGUCCAGCAACGCAAAUUCCUUGGGGGACCAUGGAAGUCACGGCACAUAUAGCUGGAGUAGAUUGAACUGGGCAAUCAUGCAUAUUCGACAAACUUUUAGCAGUGUUUCGGUUCAACCACAUCUGCUCUAUAUUCUGCUAUUAUUUCAAUGUAAUGAUGUGGCGUACACUUUCGAACCGGAUUUUUUGUUCCCCUUGGAAAACCUAACGGUACCCCAGGGGCGUGACGCUAUAUUCACCUGUGUCGUAAACAAUCUGGGAGGAUACAGGGUGAGUGGGGAUUCAGCGACGGCCAGGGUUGCCUGGAUAAAAGCCGACACGAAAGCAAUAUUAGCCAUCCACGAGCAUGUGAUUACCAACAACGCAAGAUUGUCCGUAACGCACAACGAUUACAACACGUGGACAUUGAAUAUACGAAAUGUUCAACGCGAUGACAGAGGUCAAUAUAUGUGCCAAGUGAAUACCGACCCAAUGAAAAUGCAGACGGCAUUUUUGGAAGUGGUGAUCCCGCCCGAUAUCGUAUACGAAGAAACGUCGGGUGACAUGAUGGUGCCAGAAGGGGGGUCCGCCAAAUUGGUAUGCAAAGCUAGAGGUUACCCAAAACCAAAAAUCGUGUGGAGAAGAGAAGACGGAGGUCCUAUUAUAGCCCGAGGACAUCAUAAUUCAAAAAAUGAGAAACUUGCUGAGGUGGAGGGCGAAGUUUUGUCCCUUACCAAGGUUACGAGGUCGGAAAUGGGUGCCUACCUUUGUAUAGCUACUAAUGGGGUGCCGCCUUCCGUCAGCAAACGGAUGAUGCUGCACGUUCAUUUUCAUCCGCUCAUUCAAGUGCCAAAUCAACUAGUGGGAGCACCUGUAAAUACCGACGUCUCCCUACAAUGUCACGUUGAGGCAUCCCCUAAAGCAAUUAACUACUGGAUCAGAGAAAGUGGAGAGAUGAUCAUAUCGAACGGCAAAUAUUUUAUGACCGAAAUCAACAACUCGUACUACAGCGUUCAGAUGAAGCUAGUCAUACGUCGAAUCCAAAAGUCCGACUUGGGUGGGUACAAAUGCAUCUCGAAAAAUUCGAUAGGCGACGCUGAGGGUAAUAUACGUCUCUAUGAAAUGGAAAUCCAAGAUAGGGUGGAUUCUGAAGAAUACGAAACGGAAAUUUCGAACGAGUCGGAAAACAGUGAAAAACGUCUUUACAACGGCUUCCAGGGACCCCUGGCGGAGAUCGACGACAACAAGAAUUUGUUGCUGAACGUUACAUGGUCCAACGGAUCCGGAUCCGGCACGAUCGGCCUUCAAAGACUGUUCCUCGUCAUGUUUUUAGUACUGCUUCACACUGUGGUGCGAUUUUCGCGAGGACACGCCCCGUACUGUUAAGUGAUAUGUGCCAAAUUUACUUGUGCUUCGCUAAACGCUGCUGAGUGUUUGUAUUAUAAUAUUUGAAUAAAGAAAAAGUUGUAAAGUCUUUACGAGUACGUUAUCUCGCGAUGUGAAGUAUAAUAUACGGAUUUCUUUAACGAAUAUUGAAUACUUUUCACUGUUUCCAAUAUAUACAGGUUGCUCAUUGCCUCCAAGUUCAAGUUCCCUUCCCUCAAAAAGUAGCAGAUGUAUACUAAUUUUUAACGUCAACGCUUGCUGAGGAUCUGUCGCAAAGACAGUACCAACCUAAAAAUUUCGAACGGAAGAGGGAAUUAUUAUUAAAGCGUGUUAUAGAAGAAAUGCUGCUUACUUAUAAGAAAAGAUUAAAAACUCAAAAUCGAUCAAAACCAUUUUUCCAUUUUACGCCCUGUAUAUAAUUGAAACGGCGCUGCUUCACUUGGCGAGAAAAGUAUAACCGAAUAACUUAUAUACGUAGCAAAAUAACGAAAUAAAUGUUUAAAAUUCGUCGCUAUGGUAGUUGCCGUAUGUCGAUUGUUUUCAUUACGUUGACAAAAUUAGUGGUUAUAAGUUUUGUUAUUUAUCAUUGAACGGCAAAUAAAUUUUAUUUUCAAGACAAAUUGUUUGUAUAUAUACACAUUCGCAUAUGAAUAAAUUAA